GGCGGCGGCGCUCCCGGAGAGCGCUCGGGGCGCGGCGCCGGGCCGGGCCCGCCAUGCCGCCCGCCCGCAGGAGACUCUGCCUGGUUAUGAGGUGCUGAGGGGAAAAGGAGCAUCACGCGUGGCUGCUCACCUUGCCCACUGCGCUGUGAAUGAUGGAGACCAAGGAGGAGAAGAAGGAACGGCGACAGGGCUAUUUUGCUCGUUUGAAAAAGAAAAGGCAAGUCAAACAAACCACUGAGACUGUCUCUGCCAAUUCCCCUGGAUCUCCUGUUUCCAAAACACCUUCUGAGAAAGAUGAUGAAAGUAAAGUUAUUUUGGAGCAAAUCAGUUCCUCUGAAGACAACUGUAAAUUUCCUGGGGAAAAGGAAACUGCUCCAGACAAGGAAAAGAAAAAGAAAAAGUACAAUCAACUGAAAGACAUCAGACGCACAGAACUUAAAAGAUACUAUAGUACUGAUGACAAUCAAAACAAAAGCAAUGAAAAGAAAGAGAAGAAGAUGGUUUCUCAGAAGCCCCAUGGUACCAUAGAAUAUAUAGCUGGAAAUCAGGACACCAUAAACAGCAUAGCAUUAAAGUUCAACGUCACCCCAAACAAGCUGGUGGAGCUCAAUAAGCUUUUCACACAGACAAUUGUGCCAGGCCAGAUUCUCUUUGUGCCAGAUACAAGUGCUGGGAGGCUGUCUUCUAGUCCUGGUGCUCCUGUUUCUCCUUCAUCAUCAGAUGCUGAAUAUGAUAAACUACCUGAUGCUGAUUUGGCAAGAAAGGCUUUCAAACCAGUGGAGAGAGUCCUUUCCUCUACUUCAGAAGAGGAUGAGCCUGUGGUUGUCAAAUUUUUAAAAAUGAAUUGUCGUUACUUCACAGAUGGUAAGGGCGUCGUUGGAGGAGUCAUGAUAGUAACUCCAAACAAUAUCAUGUUUGACCCACAUAAGUCUGAUCCUCUGGUAAUCGAGAAUGGCUGUGAGGAGUAUGGGCUCAUCUGCCCCAUGGAGGAGGUUGUCUCCAUAGCUCUCUACAAUGACAUCUCUCACAUGAAGAUUAAAGAUGCAUUGCCAUCGCCAGGAGAAUGGGAAGACCUGUCCUCUGAGAAAGAUAUCAAUCCUUUCAGCAAAUUCAAAUCCCUUAGCAAGGAAAAGAGGCAGCAGAGUGGGGAUGCAUCUGUUGCUCUGGGUACCAAACAGAUAAAGCCUUCAGAUAAGGAAAAGUCUGCUGAUUUUGAAGUUCUUCAGUCAUCGGAGAGUACAGGCUCAAUCAAAUCAAAGUCUCUGGAGUUUCCCAACAACGUUACUGCCACUGACCAUUUGGAAAAGUUUGAUGCAGAUGCAUGUACCAAGGACCCUUCCAGGGGGAAAAAUGCUUCAGAUACCAAAACCAAAGAAAAAUCCCUUCUAGGAGAAGGAGAAGAUGAGUUCACUGACCUGGAAAAGACAUCAUCUCGUAUGGAUAGAGGGUUGGACAGGAAAAUCUCAGUAAUGGAAGGCUUGCUGGCUGACCCCAGGGACUUGGGGAGAACUAAGCAGCAGGUAACCAAACCUACUACAGAAGUCCAGGAGCACUUGACAGUUGAUUCCUUGGAAAAAAAGGACAGUGUUGAACCUAAAGCUGACUUAGACUUAGAGCUGUGUGAAAAGCAAGAUGUUAUUCCAGAAGUAAACAAAUGUGUCAGUACCCCAACAGGUAAGGUGGAGACUGAAUUGGACACUAAGAAAGAGCUAGAGAAAGAUAAACUUAUUGAAUUUUACCUCAAUAAAGAUGGAAAUGGGUCUCAGUCAUCUGAAGACUUACACAAGGCUGAAAUCCAGAAAGGUGAAAACAAUAAAGCAAUUGGCAUAGACCUUACACUUAGCUGUUCAAAGUCUCAAGCUAAUGAAGUCCAUACAGUUAAAAGUAUGGAGCUUGAUUCCUGCUGUGUUGAAAGGAAAGGACCUUCAUUAGAAAUCAGCUCAGCAGCAGCAGAGGAAAAGGAUCUGAAAGAGUCUGUGGACUCUUCAUUAGUACCAGCUGUAGACAAGACCUGUCAAGAAACACAGUUAGACAAUCAAUCAGAAAUCAGACUGUGGCUGCUGCAGAAAAUUCAAGUGCCAAUUGAAGAUAUGCUUCCUUCAAAAGAGGAGAAGAGCAAGACUCCUCCAAUGUUUCUGUGCAUUAAAGUAGGCAAGCCCAUGAGAAAGUCCUUUGUGUCUCAGAGCACAACCAUGUCUCAGCAGUACAGUAAAAAGAUAAAGCAACCUGAGUACUGGUUUGCUGUUCCUCGGGAAAGGGUGGAUCACUUGUACACGUUUUUUGUUCAGUGGUCACCAGAAAUAUAUGGGAAAGAUGCCAAAGAGCAAGGUUUUGUUGUGGUGGAAAAGGAGGAGCUUGACAUGAUUGACAACUUCUUUAGUGAGCCCACUACUAAAAGCUGGGAGAUCAUUACUGUAGAAGAAGCCAAACGACGAAAGAGCGUUUGCAGUUACUAUGAAGAAGAAGAAGAUGACGAUACCUUGCCUAUCCUAAAGCAUCACAGCGCUCUUCUGGAGAACAUGCACAUAGAGCAGCUGGCCCGGCGCCUGCCCGCGCGGGUGCAGGGCUACCCGUGGCGCCUGGCGUACAGCACGCUGGAGCACGGCACCAGCCUCAAGACUCUGUACCGCAAAUCGGCCGCUCUCGACAGCCCCGUUCUCCUCGUCAUCAAGGAUAUGGACAACCAGAUAUUUGGAGCGUAUGCUACUCAUCCCUUCAGGUUUAGUGACCAUUACUAUGGCACUGGUGAAACAUUCCUCUACACUUUCAGUCCACAUUUCAAGGUAUUUAAAUGGAGUGGAGAAAACACUUACUUCAUCAAUGGAGACACUACCUCUCUGGAGCUUGGAGGUGGAGGUGGCCGCUUUGGUUUAUGGUUAGAUGCAGAUUUGUAUCACGGGCGAAGCAACUCCUGCAGCACCUUCAAUAAUGACAUCUUAACUAAGAAAGAAGAUUUCAUAAUACAAGAUGUAGAAGUAUGGACAUUUGAGUGAAACACUGACUGCCUUAAGGACUGGAUCCAUUAGGCACUUAAAGCUAUCCAGAAGGUGCAGGCUGCCUCACAAUGUUACACGCUUUUUCCUCAAGUUUGUACCAGAGCAUGACUACGCAAAAAAUCCAACCAAACAACUCAAGAAUGAAAGAAUUGGUUUUGAGAGGCAGUAAGAGACAGAACAGUGAGAGAUCACUCUGAAGUGUUUUUUACUUCCUCUUCAGCACUCUUCCAUUGAAGAUGCAAUGCUUAUGAAAAUGUUCAUGAUGUAUAAGUUGAGAACUUCUUAUGUAACUGUGAAAAAGAUCCUGUGGAAGAACUUUAACUGUCUAGUACAUUCCUUGUGUAUUUAUGUUCAACAUGCAAAUGCUGACCAAAAAUAAAAGGUUACUUUACCAAAAUCUACAGUAUAAUGUUUGCCAUGGAAAAGAAUCAGAAAUAGGUGUACACAGCACUUAAGGGAACAUGUUUUUUUAAAAUUAUUUUAUUUAUUGUUACUGUAUAGUAGAUUUUUUUUGUAAAUGUAUUAGCUAUGAGUUUUUUUGUUCAAUGUUUCAAAUCUCAUUUUGAUAAUUACUGUUGAGGUGGGUUUCUUAUGCAUUGGCAUUUAUUCUGAAUCAAUUUAUUUGAUUUCUGAAGUUAAUUUUUAUAUUUUUAUUUUGUAAAUGAUAUUAGGUUUUCAUUAUACCCUAAUUAGAGGGUUUGUUUUCCUGGCAGAAACACUUGAGUGCAUAAUUCUGUUUCAUUUUCUUUUCCUGAAAUGAGGGAGAAGGUGGAUAGUGCUUCUUCUUAACUCUGCCGUCACAUUCCUGUUAAUAGAUAACUGUUUUGGCAGUGUAUGGAGACACUGGGCAAGUGCCCUCUGGUGUAGACUUUAUCAGUUCAGCUGCAGUCCACAGAAUUGGGAUAGCAUGCUCUGAGCACCUGCCUCAGUGUUAUUUGACUGAUUAUGAAGGAGAUUUCUAAGAGAACUAUUUUUCUGUAUCACCACAAAAUGGUUCAAAAUAAGCCACCCACUAUGCUUUUAUGAGCAUUUCUCUACAAACUGAAGAAUUUUUUAAGGACAAAAUACAAUUGAGAUUUAGAGAAGAAAGUUCUUUUCCUAACAGACCAGGUCACAUUAGUGUAAAACUUGUUUUCCUAAUAAUUACGCAUAUAAUUUCCUUUAAAAGAAUACUUCAAGCAGCAGUCUGGUUUAGGAUUUGACAGUCAACUAAUUAUUCUUGUUUGUUUUUAACGAAAUUAUCAGAUACCUCCCCCCCCCCCCCC